GUUCAAAUCAGGGUGAAGCCUCAGCCUCAGGAAGGCAAAUUCAAAUUGGUAUCUGGGGCGUCAAACAAGCGUAGAAGGCCUUCGGAUUUUGGUCAGAGCUUCCAGUGCCACGUGAAAGGAAGCCUUUAACACAGAGAUUACGCAUCCUCAGGGAAGCGGGCUCCAUCUGCAGUCAUGCUCGGUCCAGCCAAGAUCCUGCCAGGCCUUAUUGGCUCCUUCGCAUUUGCAGGGGUGUUUUGGCAUCUCACCAGAAAUGUGAAGAUCUUUGGGGGUACUAUUCCUCACACAAACACAAAAGAAUGGGCAGCCGAGACGGAAAGGCGCAUUGAUCAUGGCUGGACAAGAGAGGGCGGACCUCCCACUGUCCUCAACCCCAUCUCACGGCAGAAUUACAAGCUGAACAUCGACUAGACAUGAACUUGUGAGAUCAUUGCACAUGACAGUUACUUAAUACUUAGAGACCUAGCCAUGUUUGGUAGCUGAGUUGGUCACACCAAAUGAAGAGGUUGUGCCGAGUUUAUUUCUGGAGGCUGGCAUGACACUUUGUGACGCUGUAAGUUUCAUACAUCUGCUGAAAAUCUUUUCAGCAUUUUACCAAACAAGCUCGCAGUAUCAUUUUUUUCUUCUUCCUAGGCCCAGGGUCUGUGCUUCCCAUCGUUGACAGCACCCUGGUAAUUGUCUGAUGCCACCCUUCCAACAAAGAAAGGAUGUCUUAGAGUUGGAUCUGAAGAUGUUGUCGUAGCUUCACUUAGAGCCUUCAACGAUUGCAACUGAAGGCAGAAAGGAGCUUAAAGAGGGCGUCUACCCACGUGGUGCUCCGGCGGUCCCUUCGCAGCAACUCCGCAUCUUGUGUCGCCAAAAAAUUGGUCACGUGUACCAAAAUUAGCGACCAAACCACUGGCAUACGGGCCAGCUGGUCGCCGAGGCGUUCCGGGUCUCAGGACGCUUCCUUUAAGGCAGAUAUUUAGGCGGCCCUUGGUGGCCCCAUGGACAUUGAGAGUUUCACGGUGAUAUAUGUUAUGCAAGGAUAUGCGUCAGAACUAAGCACACAGCCGCCUAAGGUGAACG